AUUGAAUAUUAAUGGAACCAACAGGGCAUUCUGUUGACCCUACAGAGAUCGAUCCUAGUGGUCUCUCAGCAGAAGAGAUUGAAAAAGAAGGAUGGCUGUACAAAGAGUCAAGAUUUUGGAAGGUUUGGAGGAAGAGAUGGUGAGUACUUACUAAAAAGAAUAUCACUUUUGGAGGAAAAACUAUGCCUGCUUCUCAUUCAUGGCUCUUCACUUUUGACUCAGAAAAUUGGCAAACUGAUGGAAAGCCUCCUACCGAGAAAAUAUGUUUGGGACUAUGAAGGACGGUUAAAAGUAUUGAAGAUGAAGUGAAUAAAGACUAUGCUUUCAAAAUUGACGUUGAUGGGACCCCAUUCAGAUUUCAAGCAGAAUCAUUUGAAGCCAAAGAGCAUUGGAUAGGUAGCCUUGGCAGAGCAAUGAUCAAGAAAACAGUGAUGCUUGAUAAGCAGAUGGAUAACCUUCCUGAUUUCCUAUAAAUAAAUUGGAUAAAGACAGUACCUAAAUACAUGAAUUCCCAGAAAACCUCUAUGGUACUAAAUCUAUCAUUUAAUUUUGAAAAUCUCUUCUUAACAAC